GGAGAGGCAUGAAAACAGAGACCCAGUUUUUUUGAGUCAGAUCAGUGUAUAUAGCUGUGAAAGUGCAUUUGUAGGUGACAAAAUGGCGAUGUCAGAACAGCUAGAAUCUGAAGGAGGCUGUUCCUCCAAGUCAUUCAAGCUGUACUCCCCCAAGGAGCCCCCUAACGGUAGCACUUUUCCCCCUUUCCACCCCGGCACCAUGCUGGACAGAGACGUGGGUCCCACUCCAAUGUACCCUCCCACAUACCUGGAGCCAGGAAUAGGGCGGCACACACCAUAUGGCAACCAGACAGACUACAGAAUAUUUGAGCUCAACAAACGGCUACAGAACUGGACAGAGGAGUGUGACAACCUGUGGUGGGAUGCAUUUACUACAGAGUUCUUUGAAGACGAUGCCAUGUUGACCAUUACUUUUUGUCUGGAGGAUGGACCCAAACGUUACACAAUUGGACGGACGUUAAUUCCAAGGUACUUCCGGAGUAUAUUUGAGGGCGGUGCCACUGAACUCUACUAUGUGCUGAAACAUCCUAAGGAGUCCUUCCACAAUAACUUUGUGUCCCUCGACUGUGAUCAGUGCACCAUGGUCACUCAGAAUGGAAAGCCCAUGUUCACACAGGUGUGUGUAGAAGGCCGCUUGUACCUGGAGUUCAUGUUUGAUGACAUGAUGAGGAUAAAGACGUGGCACUUCAGCAUCAGACAACAUCGUGAACUCAUCCCCCGCAGUAUACUGGCCAUGCAUGCCCAGGACCCACAGAUGCUGGACCAGCUGUCCAAAAACAUAACAAGAUGUGGCCUCUCAAACUCCACCCUUAACUACCUCCGACUGUGUGUGAUUCUGGAGCCCAUGCAGGAGCUGAUGUCCAGACACAAGACAUACAGCCUCAGCCCCAGAGACUGCCUCAAGACCUGCCUCUUCCAGAAAUGGCAGAGGAUGGUGGCACCACCCGCUGAGCCCUCAAGACAGGCCCCCAACAAGCGGCGGAAGCGCAAGAUGUCAGGUGGCAGCACCAUCAGCGGAGGAGGUGGAACUAAUAAUAACAACAACAACAAAAAGAAGAGCCCUGGAAGUGGCUUCCCUCUGUCCAGCCAAGUUCCGGAUGUGAUGGUGGUGGGAGAGCCCACACUGAUGGGAGGGGAGUUCGGCGACGAGGACGAGCGUCUGAUCACACGGCUGGAGAACACGCAGUUCGACGCAGCCAACGGCAUCGACGAUGAGGACAGCUUCAACAACUCUCCAGCACUGGGCUCCAACUCGCCCUGGAACAACAAGGCUCCCUCCAGCCAGGAGAGCAAGAGCGACAACCCCACCUCACAGGCAUCACAGUAGAGCCCAGAGCCCCGCAACCUCAACACAAACCCCUCUCUGUCACUCCUCAGCCCCCACCCCACCCCAGUAGCCAUGACUGCAACAGUCCAUCAUCUGCUCUCCGAACCAAACACCACUGUAGUGCUCAGAUUCACUCACAGGUAGCCUGAGGGAGCUCGGUCUGUCCUUCUCGGACUGUUUCACUGAGCCAGAGGAAGUUUUUUUUUUUUUUUAAAUUACUGCUGUGACUUCCCAACAUUUAGGCGCUGUGUCCCACCACUGUCUCCCUUUUUCCUCAUUUCAUGCACAAAAAGUCCCAUCUGCUCUUGCAAAUUUUCUGUUUAGCUGUCGGCUGGGUAGAUGUGGCCGAGCAGAAGCAGGGAUUUAACCCCUGUGGGAGAACUGUGCACACUAAACUAUCCACACUGAAGUUCACAUGUAGGAACGGGUGGGGUGGAGGGAAUGGUGGCAGCGGGGCUUCAAGAUGGUGGCGAGUUGCUUAGGGACGACUCGUCCACCCAUCCUCUAAAUGUGGCUCUCUGGAUCCUGGUCCGCUCUGUCAAUGCGCAAGUCGCCCGUGAUGUUUGUUAAUAGAGUAUAUGUGUGUGCGCGAGUGUGUGAGGAGAGAAAAGAGGCAGCGUGAGCUAAAUUGUGGCUUUGCUGAAGCAGACGGACCAGAAUUUAGAAUCAGUCCACAAAACCAUUGAAAUUAACACACUAGUAGGAGAGCUGAAAUGUGGCACUAGGGAAACAUCACACACAAACACACACGCAAAUAAACACAAUGAUUGAAGGAUUUUGAGUCCCCUAGUGCCCGAGCCAUCUCUGAUUAGACUGAAUGCAGUCUUUCAAACAGAGAGCAUUUACAACACACACAUGCACAUAUACACAGUUACACAUUUUAAGAGUUUUUAUACAGUAUAUAUUUCCCUAGAAUGUUUUUUAAUUUGUAUUAAACGCCUUCAUUUCAAUUGUUACUUUUUUAUUUUCUACCAAUACUGAAAAGCUACAGACCAAGGAGCAACACAGGACUUUUAUCCCUCCCCCCUCUAAAAUAUAUUGUUUUUAUCUUUUAUGUUUAUAAAAGAGAAAUAAUUUAGCGUGGAUGUUUUUAUUUUGUCUUUCUGUUCCUUUUUUGGAGAUUUGAAUUUUUGUGUAUUUGUGCUUGUAUAUUUAAGGUAGUAGCAAAGUUCUGUCUGACUGUAAUAAAAUGUAUUCUUACUUAGAUUUACCUAAAGCCAUCCCGAUCUAAUGUAAAGAAACAAAAAUAGGAAAAAGGAGAAAAAACACCCAUGAACCUGUCCCCUCUACCUUCCUACCUGCUCUCUUUCCUCCUUCCUCUUUUUUAAAACUUGUGUAAAUUAAAUUACAAAAACCCCUGGGGGUACAAUGGCACCAUGGAGAGAUGAUUUUACUUUUUCAGUUUGUGUUUUUAAUUUAUUUUGGAGUUUUCACUCGUCUAUUUCAUUCAUACAGGAGAUGAUUUUAACAUUCAUCACAGUUUUACGUCUUUCAGCUUCAUGUCGAGUAAAUAUGUUCACCGACAUUUAGUUUUCCAGUGACUUUUUCAUGUGUUGUCACUGGCCAAAAACAAAUCUUUUUUAAAAGAAUAUUUGUGUUCUGUCCACAUUGUCUUUAUUUGUAUGGUCACAUUCAUAACCGUCAAUCAUACACACAUCUUUUUAAACCAGCUUAACAUUAUGUUCAGUUUGUGUAUUUCGUAGCAACGCUGACUAUGUAAAGUCUACUUAAAAACAGCCGAGUUUCUGUUAUUGUAUUUGUACAUUUCCAUUUUGUUUCAGUUGAUUCCAGCAGCAGUUACGAUUGAGUUUGAAUGGUGACUUGUACCUUCUCCAAACCCUGUAGAAAAAUCAUUGUUUGAUAUAUAUUUUUUGAUUUGGUUAGUUUCUGCCCUUGAUAAUUAAUGUAUGGUACCAAUAAAAUGAUACAUUUUCACUUUAAA